GGCCUCCCAGAGGGGCAGGGAUCCGGGCGGUCCGGGUAUCCGGGCGGGACGGCGUCCCGGCCGAGCGUGGGACUGGGGGCCCGGCCGAGCGGGGUGGAGGGGCCGUCAGUGUUCGGGUGAACUGUCCGCUGGCCCCGGUGCCCCGCGCCAGGCCGGGGAUCUGACCUGUCGAAGCUCUGGUGCAGGGCUUCCUGGGGACAGUGGCAUGUCGCAGAGUCGUGGGCUGGCGUCACUUACCUGCAGUGGCUGAGAUUCCCAGGUGUUCGGAGGAGAUUUUGUCUCCCACUCGCACAGCCGGUGUGCCAGCAGCCUCUGUGCCCUCCUGCGAACAGGCCAGCAUGCCCAAGAUAGCCCUGAGGGGUGUGACCGUGGAUUUCCCUUUCCAGCCGUACAAGUGCCAGGAGGAGUACAUGAGCAAGGUCCUGGAGUGUCUGCAGAAGAGAGUCAACGGCAUCCUGGAGAGCCCCACCGGCACGGGGAAGACGCUGUGCCUGCUCUGCAGCGCGCUGGCCUGGCGGGAGCACCUCCGCGACGCCGUUUCGGCCCGCAGGAUUGCUGAGAGAGCGCCCGGGGAGCUCUUCCUCGAUCACACCUUGUCGUCCUGGGGGGCUGCCACUUCAGAUGGAGACACCCCAGCUUGCUACGCGGACAUCCCGAAGAUCGUUUACGCUUCCAGGACCCACUCGCAGCUCACUCAGGCUGUCGGCGAGCUUCGGAAGACGUCCUACCGGCCUAGGGUGUGCGUGCUGGGCUCCCGGGAGCAGCUGUGCAUCCACCCCGAGGUGAAGAAGCAGGAGAGCAGCCACAUGCAGAUUCAUUUGUGCCGAAAGAAGGUAGCGAGUCGUUCCUGUCAUUUCUACAACAACACAGAAGAGAAGAGCCUGGAGCAGGAGCUAGCUACCACCAUCCUGGACAUCGAGGACCUGGUCAGAAGUGGGAAUAAGCAUAGCCUGUGCCCAUACUACCUUUCUCGGAGCCUGAAGCAGCGAGCCGACAUCAUCUUCCUGCCAUACAACUACUUGUUGGACGCGAAGAGUCGCCGAGCCCACAGCAUUGACCUGAAGGGGACGGUUGUGAUUUUUGACGAAGCUCACAAUGUGGAGAAGAUGUGCGAGGAGACGGCGUCCUUUGACCUGACCCCGCAUGAUUUGGCUUCAGGACUGGAUGUCCUAGACCAGGUUCUUGAGGAGCAGACCAAGGCAGCCCAGCAGGGCGAGCUCCACGUGGAGUUCAGCACAGCUGCCCACCCAGGGCUGCACCUGGAGCUGCAAGACCUCGCAAAGCUCAAGACGAUCUUGCUUCGCCUAGAGGGGGCCAUCGAUGCUGUUGAGCUGCCUGGGAACCACAGCGGCGUCACCAAGCCAGGGAGCUACAUCUUCGAGCUGUUUGCCGAGGCCCAGAUAACGCUUCAGACCAAAGGCUGCAUCCUCGACUCCCUGGACCAGAUCAUCCAGCACCUGGCAGGACGUACGGGGCCGUUCACCAGCACAGCAGGCCUGCAGAAGCUCUCGGAUAUCAUCCAGAUUGUGUUCACUGCAGACCCUGCUGAGGGCGUGCCCGGUUCCAUGGUGGGACCUGGGGUCUCUCAGUCCUACAAGGUACAUAUCCACCCUGAUGUCGGGCACCAGAGGAAGGCCCAGCGGUCAGAUGCCUGGAACACCACAGCAGCCAGAAAGCAAGGGAAGGUUCUGAGCUACUGGUGCUUCAGCCCCGGCCACAGCAUGCGAGAGCUGGUCCGCCAGGGCGUCCGCUCCGUCAUCCUCACCAGCGGCACGCUGGCCCCCGUGUCCUCCUUGGCUCUGGAGAUGCAGAUCCCUUUCCCCGUCUGCCUGGAGAACCCACACGUCGUCAGCAAACAGCAGAUCUGGGUGGGGAUUGUCCCCAAAGGCCCCGACGGAGCCCAGCUGAGUUCUGCCUUUGACAGACGGUUUUCAGAUGUGUGCUUGUCCUCCCUGGGUAAGGCGCUAGGCAACAUCGCCCGCGUGGUCCCCCACGGGCUCCUGGUCUUCUUCCCUUCCUACCCCGUCAUGGAGAAGAGCCUGGAGUUCUGGCGGGCUCAUGACUUUGCCAGGAAGCUGGAGACCCUGAAGCCUGUGUUUGUGGAGCCGAGGAGCAAAGGUGGCUUCUCUGAGGUGGUGGACGCCUACUACAAACAAGUCGCUGCUCCUGGGUCCAGCGGGGCCUCUUUCCUGGCCGUGUGCCGGGGGAAGGCCAGUGAGGGCCUGGACUUCGCGGACAUGAAUGGCCGAGGUGUGAUUGUCACGGGCCUGCCGUACCCUCCACGCAUGGACCCCCGAGUUGUUCUCAAGAUGCAGUUCCUAGACGAGCUGAAGAGCCUUGGUGGGCCUGGAGGCCAGCUCCUCUCGGGGCACGAGUGGUACCGACAGCAGGCGUCCAGGGCUGUGAAUCAGGCCAUCGGGCGGGUGAUCCGGCAUCGCCAUGACUACGGGGCCAUCUUCCUCUGUGACCACAGGUUCACCCAGCCAGAUGCCAGAGCCCAGCUGCCUUCCUGGGUGCGUCCCCACGUCAAGGUGUACGACAGUUUUGGCCACGUCAUUCGGGACGUGGCCCAGUUCUUCCGUGCUGCUCAGAAAACAACGCCUGUGCCGGCUCCACUGCUCGCUGCCCCGAGUCUGGAUGAGGGACAAGGUGCUGUCUCAGCAGCCAUGUCGCCUGGCCCCCUCUCCACCAGGAAAGCCAAGAGUCUGGACGUGCAUGUCCCCAGCCUGAGGCGGAGACCCACAGGAUCGCCAGCCACGGGGGACACCGAGAGCAGCCUGUGUGUGGAGUACGAGCGGGCGCAGGGCCUCACGCAGCCGAGGCCUGUGGGACUGCUGGCCGCCCUAGAGCGCAGCGAGCAGCUGGCCGGGGGACCUGCGGACGAGGCCUCCCCCGGGGAGGAGGAGGCACAAGACCUCUCCGCUGUGUGCGUCCCCUGCACCAAGAGGCCUGCGCAGGAACAGAGAGCAGGCAGGAGGAAGAUCAGGGUGGUCGGUGGCCACCAGGAGGGCCCGGCCGCCGGUGCGCAGACAGGCAGAGCCAGGCUGUUCAUGGUGGCCGUGAAGCAGGCACUGAGCCCGGCCGGCUUCCACACCUUCACCAGGGCCCUGCAGGACUACAAGGGCUCUGACGACCUGGAGGCCUUGCUGGCCUGCCUCAGCCCACUCCUUGCUGAGGACCCCGAGAAGCACAGCCUACUCCAAGGCUUCUACCAGUUCGUGCGGCCGCACCACAAGCAGCGAUUUGAGGAGCUGUGCCUCCAGCGGACGGGCCACGGCUGUAGCUCCCAGCCUGAGCUCAGCCUUCCUCAGAGGCCGUGGGCCCCGGCGGCGCAGACCCCCAGCGGAGGGAAGGAGUGUGACCCCAAGCUGACCCUGGCUCGGGGUGCAGGACAGCUGGACCCUGGACAGCACCUGAACCAAGGCAGGCCCCACCGGGUCCCCAGACCAGCCCCCGCAGGAGACCCCAGCAGCCGUCCAAAGGAGGGGCCUAGAGCCCCCGGGGCAGAGAAGCAAGGCCCGCCUGCUGUGAGCGCCUACUUGGCAGAUGUCCGGAAGGCCCUGGGGUCCGCAGGCCACAGCCAGCUCCUGGCGGCACUGACCACGUACAAACAGGACAGUGACUUCGAGAAGGUGGUGGCUGUGGUGGCCGCACUCACAACGUCCAGGCCUGAGGACUUGCCCCUGUUGCAAAGGUUUGGCAUGUUCCUGAGACCCCACCACAAGCAGCGUUUCCGGCAGACGUGCGCCGAUCUGAUGGGCCUGGCUGCCCCGAGCGCAGGUACUGGGGUGCCAGGCCCCCAGGAGGCAAGCCCCAGCGUGCCCCCCAACCUCGCCCACAGCGCUUCCAAGCCAGGUGCCCCUCAGUGCGAGAAGCGUGGGACGACCCCGAGCAAGAUUUCCGCCUUCCUCAUGCCCAGCCGGCCCCCCAGCGCCCCGCUCAGGCACGCCCCGUCUGAGUGGGGCUCGGCCUGCCCUGGCUGUGGGGCGGAGGACACGGUCCCCUUCCAGUGCCCCUCCUGCGACUUCCACCGCUGCCAGGCCUGCUGGCGUCAGCUCCUCCAGGUUGGCAGUGGGGCCUGCAGACCUCCGGCAGCUGUCCCCAACCUGGUCGCCCGGGGUGUGGGGGGGCGGUCUGGGCAGCGGCGUCUGGGCAGCACUCCGGUGUCUCCACAGGCUUCUAGAACAUGCCCGGCCUGUCACGCCCCCGCCCGGAAGCAGAGCAUCACGCAGGUCUUCUGGCCAGAGCCCCAUGCCCCCCAGGCACCUUCGUGCAGCGGCCAUGCCGCCGGGACAGCCCCACGAUGUGCGGCCCGUGCCCUCCGCGUCACUACACCCAGUUCUGGAACUACCUGGAGCGCUGCCGCUACUGCAACGUCAUUUGUGGGGAGCGUGAGGAGGAGGCGCGGCCCUGCCAGGCCACUCACAACCGCGCCUGCCGCUGCCGUGCCGGCUUCUUCGCACACGCCGGCUUCUGCCUGGAGCACGCGCCUUGCCCGCCUGGCACCGGCGUGGCUGUCCCCGGAACCCCCAGCCAGAACACGCAGUGCCAGCCGUGUCCCCCUGGCACCUUCUCGGCCAGCAGCUCCCACUCAGAGCCGUGCCAGCCCCACCGCAACUGCACCGCCCUGGGCCUGGUCCUCAACGUGCCAGGCUCCUCCUCUCAUGAUGCCCUGUGCACCAGCUGCACGGGCUUCACGCUCAGCACCAUGGCGCCCGGGGGGCCAGGGGCUGAAGAGUGUGAGCGAGCGGUCAUCGACUUCGUGGCUUUCCAGGACAUGUCCUCCAAGAAGCUCGUGCGCCUGUGGCAGGCGCUGGUGGGCCCGGAGGCCCGGGGUCCCGCGGCCCCGAGGGAGGGCCGUGCGGAGCUGCAGCUGAGGCUGUGGCGGCAGCUCAUGGAGCUCCGGGAUGCGCGGCCUGGGGCGCUAGGGGUG